UUAAACCUCAUCCACAUCAACUAGAGAACGAGAGAUGGCGAGACACUUAUUAGAAGAUGUAAUGAGCAUGGCCACCACAACAACACAUUUCGAUGCUAGUUACCUGUUUCAUGUUGUCUUCUUGGCUGUGAUUGGUUCUUGUAUCCUCUCGGCUCUGUUAUUCUCGUGUGCCGAUGGAGCCUCCGACAACAGAGCCACUUCCGGAAACUCUACCGGUGGCGGAGGUUGUGGCGGUGCAGGUUGCGGAGGUGGUUGUGGUUGAGAAUUCAUUUGUCUUCGUCGGGAAAAUAAAAACAGAACAGUCGACCACUUUACUUUUGUACUAUCUCUAUACAGCUCCUUUCUUUUUUAGUAAGUGUAAGGAAAAUAGAUGUAUAUUAAAGCAAAAAAAAUAAUACAUUUGGUCACUUU